UUCCCAUUGACCAGGCAUCCCUUCCGGUAGAUGAGGUCAACUUUUCCCUAGAUCCGCCAUUUCAGUCCCGGAGUUUCUUGUUGCACAUUAGUUUAGAAUAUUUUGUCAUUUUAACGUUUAAGCAGUUGAGUGUCGGGUUUUGUUGCGCAGCAAUAACACAGUCAAUUUAAACGCCGUAACAUUACUCGUGGAAGUUGCUAAAUUCACGGUAUUACACCGUUUUUGCAGGAGCAGCGUUACUGAACCAAAGUUUUUGUAUGAGUUGCGGAUAGGGAGAGGCGAAGGGGAAAGGCCUCAAGCCUCGGACGGGAAUUUACAACCAUGGCCGGUAAUUUUGAUGCCGAAGACCGUGCUAGCUGGUACUGGGGGAGGCUGAGCCGCCAGGAAGCCGUUUCUCUCCUACAGGGACAGAGACAUGGCGUUUUCCUGGUGAGGGACUCAAUAACCAGUCCCGGUGACUACGUGCUGUCCGUUUCAGAGAACUCCAAAGUGUCCCAUUAUAUAAUCAACAGCAUCAGUAACAAACCUUCAACAAACUCAUAUGUCACCUUUCCACCGCCAGGUUUGGCUCCUCCUCGGUUUCGGAUUGGGGAUCAGGAGUUUGAGGCGCUGCCGGCCCUGCUGGAGUUUUAUAAGAUCCACUACCUGGACACCACCACACUCAUAGAGCCCAUAAGCAAGGCCAAGCACGCAGGAUUCAUCAGCUCCUCCUCUGUUGGCGUCCCCCAACAGCCCGAGGAGGCUGAGUUUGUUCGAGCACUGUUUGACUUCCCUGGCAACGAUGAGGAGGACCUCCCUUUCCGCAAGGGCGACAUCCUGCGCGUGUUGGAGAAGCCGGAGGAGCAGUGGUGGAACGCUGCUAACCAGGAAGGCCGAGCCGGAAUGAUCCCCGUCCCCUAUGUGGAGAAGUACCGGCCCGCCUCGCCCACCGCUGCCGGCCUGGGUCCCCCUGCUGCGGGGACGGGACAGGGGGGGCUUGUCGGAGGUGUAGCGGGCAGCACAGAUGGAACAGGGGCCCCUCAGGCCAACCCUCUGGGGGACCCAGGCCAGUACGCUCAGCCUGUAGUCAACACCCAACUUCCCAACCUACAAAACGGGCCUGUCUAUGCCCGAGCCAUUCAGAAGAGGGUGCCCAACGCCUACGACAAGACGGCGCUCGCUCUGGAGGUGGGAGACAUGGUAAAAGUGACCAAGAUCAACGUCAACGGCCAGUGGGAGGGUGAGUGCAAGGGCAAACGAGGCCACUUUCCCUUCACCCACGUUCGACUGUUGGAACAACACCAUCCUGACGACGAGAGCUGAGAAACAUACGCACUCCCAUCACCUCGACAGUGUCCAGCACAUCCCUUCCCUUUGGUCGUUUUGUCAUGCUCAGAAUGAAAAAAAAAAAGAUUUAUAUAAGCACACAGUUUAUGAACCUAUGAGCUAAACCGGUCAGCCACUCCUGACCAUGCCAAUGCAAGACGUGUCGGACGAUUUGAACGUAAUGUCAUGUUGAUGGACGUCGGGUCAAACGAACAGUUUACACUACGGUCAGACUGAUAUCGGUUUGCUUAUAUUAGCUUUUUUUUUGCCACUGUUGGCCUCCUUCCUGACCACAGCCACUUAAAAAUUCUCUGAAACCUGCAAUGACAUAUUCCUUGUAUUCAGGUAGAUAGCAGCAUUUAUUUGUUUAGUAUUUAUUGUGAUGGGUGUCUUUAGCCGAAGUAAACAGUUAGUCUAGCUG